AUGAGAGCGCAUGUUAGGACUCUAAACUACACAAGCACCCGUGCCAAUACCCUAAACUACACAAACACCCAUGCCAAUACCCUAAACUACACAAGCACAAAUGCCAAUACCCUAAACUACACAAGCACCCGUGCCAAUACCCUAAACUACACAAACACCCAUGCCAAUACCCUAAACUACACAAGCACAAAUGCCAAUACCCUAAACUACACAAGCACAAGUGCCAAUACCCUAAACUACACAAGCACAAGUGCCAAUACCCUAAACUACACAAGCACAAAUGCCAAUACCCUAAACUACACAAGCACAAAUGCCAAUACCCUAAACUACACAAGCACAAAUGCCAAUACCCUAAACUACACAAGCACAAAUGCCAAUACCCUAAACUACACAAGCACCCGUGCCAAUAUCCUAAACUACACAAGCACAAAUGCCAAUACCCUAAACUACACAAGCACACGUGCCAAUACCCUAAACUACACAAGCACAAGUGCCAAUACCCUAAACUACACAAGCACAAAUGCCAAUACCCUAAACUACACAAGCACAAAUGCCAAUACCCUAAACUACACAAGCACAAAUGCCAAUACACUAAACUACACAAGCACCCGUGCCAAUAUCCUAAACUACACAAGCACAAAUGCCAAUACCCUAAACUACACAAGCACAAAUGCCAAUACCAUAAACUACACAAGCACCCGUGCCAAUACCCUAAACUACACAAGCACCCGUGCCAAUAUCCUAAACUACACAAGCACAAAUGCCAAUACCCUAAACUACACAAGCACCAAUGCCAAUACCAUAAACUACACAAGCACCCGUGCCAAUACCCUAAACUACACAAGCACCCGUGCCAAUACCCUAAACUACACAAGCACAAGUGCCAAUACCCUAAACUACGCAAGCACAAGUGCCAAUACCCUAAACUACACAAGCACAAGUGCCAAUACCCUAAACUACACAAGCACAAGUGCCAAUACCCUAAACUACACAAGCACAAGUGCCAAUACCCUAAACUACACAAGCACAAGUGCCAAUACCCUAAACUACACAAGCACAAAUGCCAAUACCCUAAACUACACAAGCACAAAUGCCAAUACCCUACAAUACGCAAGCACCGGUGCCAAUACCCUAAACUAA